CCCAAACCCGCGCGCCUCCGUGUGUAAAGCAGUCCAGCUCUCCUCUCCUCUCCUCCUUACUGACAGGCGGAUGACCCGCAAGAGUUAGUCAAGAUAGUUUACACCAGGACUCGGACACUAAAAGUCACGCCGGUGUGAAGAUAUAUAAUCUGAAGCUCAGGUAACAAAACCUGAAGAUAAUAAAUACCGUCGCAGAAGCUCAUAGUCUGGAAAUAUUGAAGCCCAAAAUAAGAUCCGUGUGUGUAAGUCUUUGUAUAUGAGUGAUGUUCUCCUGCCGCUCUCUCAUGCUGUUGCUGCUCAGUGUCUGCAGCCUCUCUGCUCCCUCAUUGGCUCUGCCCUUUGAGCAGAGAGGAUUCUGGGACUUUGCAAUGGACGGAGAAGCAGGAGAUUCGACAACAGUAAUGAUGAGAGACGAAGAGGGUUCAGCUUCUGAGGAACUGCCACCAGAUGUGUUUAUAUGUCCCUUUGGAUGCCAUUGUCAAGUCAACAUAGUGCAAUGUUCAGACCUAAGUUUGAUCGCAGUGCCCAAUGAGAUUCCCAGAGACACCAAACUCCUGGACCUACAGAACAACCGCAUUACAGAACUGAAGGAGAACGACUUCAAAGGACUCACAAACCUCUACGCCCUGUCACUGGUCAACAACAAGAUCUCCAAAGUCCACCCACGAGUCUUCACACCCCUCCGACAUCUAAAAAAGCUUUAUUUUUCCCAUAACCUCCUGACAGUGGUACCCAAAAACCUUCCCCCAUCUCUGGUGGAGCUGCGCAUUCAUGACAACCGUAUUAAGAAGGUUGCAGAAGGAACGUUCUCUGGUCUGGGCAGCAUGAACUGCAUUGAGAUGGGCGGAAACCCUAUUCAGAACAGUGGCUUUGAGCCUGGCGCUUUUAAAGGCCUGAAACUCAACUACCUGCGCGUCUCUGAGGCCAAACUCACUGGAAUACCAAAAGAUCUCCCUGACAGUCUUCAUGAGCUCCACUUGGACAACAACCAGAUCCAAGCUAUUGAACUGGAGGACCUGAGACGCUACAAACACCUGUACAGAUUGGGUCUGGGUUUCAACCAGAUCCGCAUGAUUGAGAAUGGCAGCCUAUCAUACGUCUCUAAUCUGAGGGAGUUGCAUUUGGAAAACAACCGGCUGACCCGCGUCCCGAAGGGCCUGCCAGACAUGAAAUACCUGCAGGUGGCUUACCUUCAUUCCAACAACAUCAGUCAAGUGGAUGUCAAUGACUUCUGCCCUCAAGGUUUUGGCAUGAAAAGGAACUUCUACCAUGGUAUCAGCCUCUACGGAAACCCGGUGAACUAUUGGGAAGUGCAGCCUGCCACUUUCCGCUGCGUUGCUGACCGACUGGCCAUUCAGUUUGGAAACUACAAGAAAUAGAGGAUGAUUGAUUUGAGGAUAAAUAUUAAUGCUGGAAUUGAAAUAAAACAGACACAGAUUAGUAUAAGGACCAAAACGGUGUCAACAAAGAGAUUUCAAAUAGUUUUUACUAAGGCUUUUCUCUUGAACUAGUAUAGUUCCCUGAAAAUUGAAAACGAUGUCAUCAUUUACUCACAAUUCACUUGAACAGAAUGAAGAUAUUUAGAAAAAUGUUGGAAACCAAACUGACUUCCAUACUAUUUGUUUUUCCUGCCAUAAAAGUGGUUACCAAUUUUUAACAUUCUUCAAAAUAUCUUCUUUUGCAUUCAACAGAAAAGAGAAAUUCAUAAAGGUUAAGUACCACUUUAGGGAGAGUAAAUUGUGAGUAAAUUGUCUAUUUUUAGGUAAACUAUCGCUUUAAACCUGUGUUAAGUUUAAUCCUGGGUUAUUCAUACCUUUCACACUGUAUAAUUUGAAACCCCCAGGUUAAAGUCCUUGUAGGAAUACAAUAUUAGCAUUCGCUGAUUGGAUGAAUGAAACAUGCAUUUUGCUUACAUGAAGGGAGAGAAAUAUUUCUCUUGUGAUUUACAAUCAGACUUGGCACUGCUUUUUAUCCUGGAUUAUGAGAUGGUGCAGCAUCAGCACUUCUUUUGUGCUGUUAACCCUGCAUUGCGGAGCCAGACGUGUGCUUUACAACAGUGUUGGAAGGUUUUGUCUCGAAGCAACCAACAACCAAUCAUGUGCCACAUUUAACAGUGAUUUGGACAAUAUACAGUAUAUACAGCUUGUGUGCUUCAUUUUUUCAGUCAAUAAGUAUACCGCAAAUAUGAAGGUCAACCAAAGAUUUGCAAGUGUACUUACAGUAUUUGAAAAUAAAGGGACCAACAGUUUUAUUAA